AAAAAAUUAUUUACAGAUAGAUAUAUGCGUUACAAUAUUGAAAACAACGCCUCUGUUUUUAUAUAGAUAGAUCAUGAGCAACAUACCAAAAUCUUUAACAGAUUCUUCUUUUACUCUUUUCAAAUUAGCCAUCUCUUCUUCUGAUCCUUGGCCUUUCUCUCUUCCAAUUUCUUCCAUCUAACACCCCUCAAAAUCUCUCUCAAUUGUACAGUCUUUUCUCUCAAUUUCUUGUUUUUUACUUCAAAUCUUGAUAAAAACAGAGAUGGGUACUGGAGAAAAACACCAUCUGAGUUUCCAUUUUCAUGUUCCACACAUUAACUUCCAUCAUCAUCAUAAUCAUGGGAAGAAGGAAUUGAAGAAUAUACCAAAAGGGUGUCUUGCAGUUAUAGUGGGUCAAGGUGAAGAACAACAGAGGUUUGUCAUCCCUGUCAAUUAUAUCAAUCAUCCCCUGUUUUUGCAACUACUUAAAGAAGCAGAGAAAGAAUUUGGAUUCGAUCAUAAAGGACCAAUUAAUAUCCCUUGUCAUGUUGAACAAUUCCGCUAUGUUCAGGGAUUGAUUGCUAAGGAAAAUCCGCAUAAUCAUCAUCAUCAUCAGCACCAUCAUCACCAUUCAUGGUGCUUCAAGGCCUAAACUUUUUUUUUUCUAUAGUUACAUAUUUUGGUAGUUUUUUUUUUUUUUUGUUAUUUUGGACUCGGAAUUGUUAGUGCUUCGAAUGAUGUAAAUUUCUAGUUUUGGAUCGAGUCCUUUUUGAGGUUUUUUUAAUGCUCUGUUCUGAGAUGUUCAUGUACCCAGAAGUGUGGUUAAAGAAGAUGAACAAGUUGGAAUAAUAUUCAUAAUACAGAAUUAUUUUUUUCUUUUU